GGAGCGGUGAGGCACCUCUCGGGCGGUAGCGACAACAUUUCAGCGUGAAUUUUAUCCAGAUGAAGAUGACAACCUUUCUGACUCUGUGACAUCUGUGACACCAGACAAAAGAAGUCGGGCUAUUUUUUGAUUGUCGACUGAAUUCAUAUUGUUGGCACCGACCUAUUGUUGUUUUCUCAAACGGGUGAAAGUUAUGGAUGCAAACGGCGGUCGGGAAAGAGUUGUUUGCGGACUUUUCGGGUGAAUGAAAACCCAGAUGGAGACCGACCUGAGACUGGAGUCAAGUUUGUGGGUCGGGAAUAAGAGAUACCUGGCUGUCCUGACAGGCUGGCAUCUCAAAUGGACCGAGGCGGACAAGAAGAACCGCGAUAAGAAAACAGUUUCAGUUCCUGUGGCUGAGGUGGUUGGAGUGGAGGAGGGCCGGGUGGAGGUUCUGCCUCACAAGUCUGUGGAGGACACAGAUAGAGACUUCACAGUUUUCUAUGUAAAGCGCAGUAGCAGCAGGACUACCUCUGGGCUGCUGUGGAGACUGGGCCGGACCCAGUUCACCUGUCCCAGUCGGGUCCUCAGAGACCAGUGGACGAAACACCUACGGACAGCCCUAAAAACACACAGUCCCCUCCGUCCACACAGGCUGCUGGUGUUCAUCAACCCAUUUGGAGGAAAGAAAAAAGGAAGGCAGAUCUACCACUCACUGGUUGCCCCUGUGUUUGAGCUGGCUGGCAUCAGCUCCCAUGUAAUAGUGACUGAACGAGCCAACCAGGCCAGAGAUCACCUCCUUAAGAAAGACUUGACGGGUUUUGAUGGUGUGGUGUGUGUGGGCGGCGACGGCAUGUUCAGUGAAAUACUUCACGGUGUGAUUGGGAGGACGCAGCAAGAGGCAGGCCUUUGUGAGAACGAUCCUGCGGUCACUCUGCAGUCCUGUCCACUCCACAUUGGGAUCAUCCCUGCAGGCUCCACAGACUGCGUGUGCUACACCACAGUGGGAGUGAUCGACCCCGUUACCUCAUCUUUGCACAUUGUCAUUGGAGACUCUCAGCCUCUGGACGUGUGUUCUGUUCAUCACGGUCCGGGGUUGGUACGAUACUCCGCGUCUCUGGUGGGCUAUGGCUUUUAUGGUGAUGUGCUAGCCGAGAGCGAAAAACGCCGCUGGAUGGGACCCUUAAGAUACGACUACUCAGGUGCAGUGGUGUUUCUGAGCAACAGAAGCUACAGGGGGACAGUGCAGUAUCUGCCAGCUGACCCACUGAUGUCCAGCCCAAGAGAUAAGACUCGCUGUUUGUCCGGGUGUGGUGUUUGCGCCAAAAGCACCGAGAGACUUUUCACAAACUCUUCAGUUUCGGGCUCCCUGUGCAGCUCCAACUCUGGUCUGUUCAGUAAUGACUCAGAAGAUGAGUGGGUCAGUGUGGAUGGCAGGUUCAAGUCUGUGUCUCUCACAUGUAUGUCCAGCUCGUGUGCCAAAAGUCCUCUGGGUCUCUCUCCCUCAGCCCACCUGGCUGAUGGAACAGGAGAUCUCAUCCUGGUAUGGGACACAAACCCCUUGGGAUUCCUUACUUACCUCUACAGGCACACAACCACUCAGGACCAGUUUGAUCUGCCGUUUGUGGAGGUCCAUCGUGUGAAGGCGGUGCGCUUCACUCUGGCAGGAGGAGAGGAAACAGAGGGCAGUGAAGGUCUGCAUGGUGCAAUGGAUGGAGGAGAUGGAGCAUAUGUCGAAAAUGGAAGCAUAGCUGGAUCCCAGCAGCACCUGGCAGCAGGAGCUAAUGGACAAAUGAUGACAUGUGAGGACAAAACUAUGAGCCCCUUCACAUGCGGCCUUUGCUGCAGUAAAGCUCCUGCUGUGUCAGUCUGGAACUGUGAUGGAGAAAUUCUGCCUUUCCCUGAGAUCUGCUGCAGGAUUCAUGGCCAGUUGGUGCGUCUGUACGCCAGGGGCAUCGAGGACGGGACUUUCUUAAAAGACUGCACAGAGGAGAGGGACGAGUGCAACAGAGCAUGCAUACCACCCAGAUAAAAUCUGACAAGUGAUUAAAAAAGUAUAUCAGUUUGUUGUUUAAAGGUUUUUAAAUUUGAUAACACUGCAGCAAGUCCUGCAGACUUUCAUAGCCAAAGAGUUUCUCAAACUUCAGGCACUUUAAUUCAUAUUUUGUCACUGUAAUAUUUGGAAAAUAAAUAUGUAUUCCUAAAGCUC